GAGGUGACUGCACGGACAGCGAGGCGUCCGGUCCGCGCCGGGAGACGCGGCGCUCCAAGGCGCGGCGGGAGGGGAGCAGGAGCCGCAGCGACCGUGACGCCGCCCAAGGCCGGGCCGGAGCCGGAGCCGGAGCCCACAGCCGGGCGCGGCCCGGGAGCCGCCGCGUCCCCGGCCGGAGGGAACAAAGCCGCGGCCGAGGCGCGAUGCCCGCCGUGUGACCCGGGCCGCCCGCCGGGCCGCGCCUCGCCGGGAGCCAUGGGCAACAUCUCCUCCAACAUCUCGGCCUUCCAGUCCCUGCACAUCGUCAUGCUGGGCCUGGACUCGGCCGGCAAGACCACCGUGCUGUACCGGCUCAAGUUCAACGAGUUCGUGAACACCGUGCCCACCAUCGGCUUCAACACGGAGAAGAUCAAGCUGAGCAACGGCACGGCCAAGGGCAUCAGCUGCCACUUCUGGGACGUGGGCGGCCAGGAAAAGCUGCGGCCGCUGUGGAAGUCCUACAGCCGCUGCACAGACGGCAUCAUCUACGUGGUGGACUCGGUGGACGUGGACCGGCUGGAGGAGGCCAAGACCGAGCUGCACAAGGUGACCAAGUUCGCCGAGAACCAGGGCACGCCGCUGCUGGUCAUCGCCAACAAGCAGGACCUGCCCAAGUCGCUGCCGGUGGCCGAGAUCGAGAAGCAGCUGGCGCUGCACGAGCUCAUCCCGGCCACCACCUACCACGUCCAGCCGGCCUGCGCCAUCAUCGGCGAGGGCCUCACCGAGGGCAUGGACAAGCUGUACGAGAUGAUCCUCAAGCGCAGGAAGUCCCUCAAGCAGAAGAAGAAGCGGUAAUGCGCGGGGCGGCGAGCCGGCCCAGGGUGGACGGACGGACGGACGGGCGGACGGGCGGACGCGCGCGCGGGGACCGGGCGAGAACCCGCGCCCGAACAAAGGCAGCGAACCAAAGCGCUGCUCCGGAUUUUUCAAACGCAGCCUCCGCACCACAUGCGGAACCGGUGUCCCUGCCGGGUGUGGGGUCGCGGUGGCCAGCGGCGCUCCCACCCCCGCCCGCACCUGCCCGGGGACCUUUUGUCUGCACCCGAGCUUCGGGUGGGCGGGGGCCGGGAGGCGGUGUACGUGCGCGCCCGCCCUCCGGCCCCCGGUGGAAGGAAGGCUCAGGCUGGUGACAGAGACAAAAGCGAUUUCCUCCGACUCGGGAGAGGCCUGCAGUUAGGCCGCCCGCCCCCCCCCCGGGGGGGGGUCACCUGUGAGUUACCUGAGGUCUGCGGCCCCCAGAGCCCAGGGUGCCGCCUGGGGCAGGUCGGUAUGGGAGGGGUCCUGGGUGGGUGACCGCCCCUUACAUUCAGGGGCUGCGGAAGCUGAAUAAAUUUUAUGUCACAGGGCAGGCCCCUGUUGGAAUUUCAUUUGUCCUGUUCUGGGCCCAAACGAGGAGGUGGUUUGGGCCCUCGGGGACUGCUGGGACCCGGGAUGUGCCUCUGGCCUCGGUGGGAGUCGCUGCACGGAUACCCUUACCCUAGGGCUUUGUGGUGGCUACGGAAGACCGGUGCUGAGAACUGCUUUGCAGCCUGGAACGAGACCUCUUCCCCACGGCUUGGACCCUGUCCAUGUGUAGGUCAUUAUCACACAAGAAGACCAAUAAAAAUUAAGAAAAAAAUCUGUUGCAGGUGGUGGCAAAUGAUGCAUUUAGUGUCUGCAGAAUAGUUAAAGGUGUUUAAAGGGCAAGACUCAGCAUAAAUGCGGAUGGGGUGUAUGCGCAGGAUAGGGACCUCUGAACUCAUACCGUCGGCACUCAUACCUAGAUUCCAUGUGUGGGAUCUAAAUUCUCUCAGCCUACUGAUUGGUUUGGGAGAGCAGGCUGGCCACGGAGCAUGCUGAGUUGCGAGACAGGUUUUUGGUUUUUUUGGCAAAGGAUGUCUCUUGUAAUACUAACCGCGUAGUGCUAGGUUUUCAAACAUACUUUAAAAAAACUUUUACAAAUGAAUACUCACCUUAGAAAUAGUCUCCUAAGGAAAACAGACUCCUUUGCUCUGCCCUCUUUCAUCCCUUGACACCACAAGUGGCGACAUGUUCGGAUUUCUAAUUUGGCUCACUGUGGCCUAUCUAGUUUAAGUAUUUCAUUCAAAAUGUCUCGUUAGAGUAUUUGAUGUUUUGCACCCAAAACUAAAACCCCACCUCGUAGCAAAAGCCGACCUCAUUGCAUGGAUUUAGAAGGGAAGGGAAAGCAGAAGAAUGAAGCCCUGAGUUCAUUCUUGUGGGAACUGGCCUCCCAGCCAGCCAGCACUUGGGACAAAUGCAGAUGAGUGCUGAGAUGGAAGAAAGUGUGACGUCACUCUCCCUGGAACUCAGGCACUUCACAGUUUACUUGAAAGAGGCUUCGGAAAAUAGAAAGAAUGAGAGAAGAAUAAAAGACAUAUUUUUAAUAAUGUAAUUUUAAAAAUCCUUUAUAAUCAGGACUGAGUCUUGGUUUGUGGAAUCUGUCAUUUGCUCUGAAACACAGUGUCAAAAGGGAAACAUGCAACUGACUGAUUUUUAUUUCCUCUCUGAAUUUGUGUUUUCAGGUAGAAUUUUGACAGCCCCCUCUCACACGGUUGCACAUUUUGUGGCACAGGAGGCCUAGAGAAACUGGACACGGUUAUACCUGAGCAUGAGAGUUGUCAAAUCGCAAGCCCAUGCCCAUUGUCCAUUUCACUGACAAUAUGAAAACCGGAAACAGAAGUUCUUGCUUCCUGCUUGAAACCCAAAUCUUUUUGAUUUUUUUUUUUUCUUUUAAGCAGAAAUCUAGCAGCCCAUCUUCCUUUUCUCUUUUGUCAGUGUAUUUGGUACUCCUCUGAUGCUGGUCUUUUUGUAGAAACUCAGUAGAGAAAAUAGCUACGCAGUGAUAAAAAGCCUGCAGGAUUUCAGUUUACAUAUCAACUGCAACUCGCUGACUUCUAAAUGGGCUGGUCCCAUCAUUUGAAGAUUCUGUAUAGAGUUAUUAAAAAUACCCAUCUUCCUUUAUUUUCUUCACAUGCAACAUUUUCUUAAGCACUUUGACAUUUUGGUAGUUCCACCCUAUUGAGAGAAUAAUAUAUUUAUUUUGUGACAUUGCAGAUGCCAAAUACUGUAACCUUCUUGUGCAGACGAUACCUUGGUUCCAGGUCACAGUUCAAAUCCUGUCGUGCUUCAACGAUAAUGCGUGAUGGUUUUGGUCGGGGUUUUUGUUCUUUUGUUUUUUGGGGUUUUUUUGCAUUAUCAGUUCUUAAGGAUGCAGUCAACUGUUUGUAAUUGUGCAGUAAAGUCAAGAGCCCUGUGGUGUUUCAACUAAUGGUUAAAGAGUCUCAGUUGCUCUCUGUAAUGUUUGACCUAAUAAAGAGCCCAUUUCACCUCUGACCCAACAGGAAGCAUGGAGAAAGUCACCUUGGGAGUCCCCUCUUGUCAGCCACUGAUUGGCCACACCUUCUGCCCUUUGGUGAUGGAAUGGGUUUCACACUAAUGGAAUGGGUUUCACACGGGAGAAGCUGGCCUCCCCAAGUGAGCUUUAGAAAUGUUUUCUGAUAGACACGGGAAUUGUCUCAGAACAAUUAAUUCCCUUCACAGUUUCUCUGUUACGGUGUUGGGACUCUGUCCCCCCAGUUCCAGUUUUCUGUUUUACUGCUGUAAUUCUCUGUCUCAGUCAUUCUUUUGUUUCCAUCCCCUUUUAUAAUGCAUAUAUGAUGCUGUGAACAGAAAUAAAUUAUUUAUACAGUCAA